AUGGCUUUGUCGGAGGCGAACCAGCUGAAGGCCACCGCAGAGCUAGAAGCCCAGCUGAGCGUCCUGAGGCCAAAAGCGGAAGCUGCAGAAGCGCUUGAGAAGGACGUUAGACGGUUGCAGGAACAGCUUUCUGCUAGCGAGGAGCUGCGGGCAGCGCAUGAAGCUCUCAAGAAGGAGACAAACGCGCUGAAAGAGCAGCUCAAAGAGCUGCAGAGCAAAUCAGGGCAACCAGUAAAGCCCGUAGAUACAAAGGCAGCUGGUAAGGGGCAAUCACUGGCGGAUGGAGAGCUGCAGGCUUUGUUGAGAGAACGCGACGAACUUAGAGAGAGGGUCCGCGCCCUGGAGAAGAAUAUGGCUGCCGCUUCUGGAACAACAAUGCAAGGCGAUACAGUGCAUCCGACAGGAAAAGAGGCCCCAGCCCAAAGAGGUUCAGGGGGAGCACUGCCAGCUAAGAAGCCUCUGCCUCCACUGCCGAAGCGAGAACAUGCUGCUUCUGCGGAGCCUGCUGCUGCGGAAUUCCCGGCUGGCGAAAAGGGAGACGAGACAUCACCAGAGGAGACCGUUGUAGGCUUAUUGCCUCCCGUCGCUGCAAAGGCAGUAGAUGCUCAAGAACCACGGGCAACGGAACCUGCUACUGGUAGCGAAGGCUUGCCACCAAAAAAGCUGGAGCCUUCUGUAGGGAAGACGGCGCCGUCCCUCAAAGCAGGCGAGGAACCUCAUACAGGCCAGAAGGGUGAGGAAGCGGGGGGCUCAUAUAAGACGUUACCGAAGAGUGCCAAGAAGCCGCCUCCGCCCCCACACAAGCCUGCGGAAAAAGAUACCAAAGUUCCUCCGCCUCCGAAGAAGGCUCCACCGGUGGAAGCUCCGUCCGGCGAUUUAGUUGAGUUGACUUCGGAGGUGAAAGGUAAUCUUGAGAAGGAAAUAGCAUCUCUGCGGGAGCAGCUAGCUGCAGCGGAAGAGUUAAAAACGACCCACGAGGCUCUUCAGAGGGAAUUCAUUGCACUCCAGGGUGAGCUCAAGUCUUUGAAAGCUCAAGCGAAGGCCAGUGAGAGUGAGGAAAAGGUCGAGACGGGUGAACCUGCAGAGCCGCAGCCGCAGGAGACCGAACUUCUGCGCAAAGAAAGAAACACUCUGAGGGAACGCGUGGCUGCGCUUGAGGCCGAACUGUCAAACCUUAGAGCAUCAGAAGCUCACGGGGUAGCCAUCCCCAAAACGAAGGGAACCCUGCCUCCGAAAUUAAGGCCCGGAAAGUCUCCAUUGCCCGCUAAAGCGCCUAAGCAGGCUGAUGCAAAGGCUUAUGCACAGACAUCAGGAAGGGCCGGAGAAAGAAAAGAUGAAAGCCGUCUGAGCUCUACCGAAACAGAAGUAGGGGACUCUGGGGCGGAAUCUUCUCCGGCGGAAGAACGUGUGGCCGAGCUGACGGAGCGGUUACAACGGGCCAAACGUCGAGUGCGGAACCUUGUGAUAAAGUGCAAUGCCCUUGUGGAACUGGAGAAGGAGCGCGACGCUCUUCGCAGCCAGCUUGAGUCCCUUCAAGCUAAGCAUGAGGCAAUCAGCAAACUACACGAGAAAGAAGCCAAAGAUAAGUUAGCGGUGGCUGGAGCAGACAAAGCAGAGGCUGACAGCAUGCUCAAGUCGGCCUCUGCUGCAGCUCUCUCUGCUUCUGCAGUUGCUUCAACUGUAGCAGAUGACCCCGAGGGCGUGGCCACAAUGAACAGGAGCCUUACGACUCAAAGCUCUUCAGCUCUGUUGGAUGUCCAGCCUCCUGCCGACUGGGCUGAGAAGUAUGAAAAGGUCAAGGCACAGCGGGACAAAGUAUACCAGGCGUACAAGGCCCAGAAGGAGCGCAUCACGAGCCUAGAGGAGGAAGAAGCGAUCACAAAGGAAAGGCUAGAGAGAGUUGAACGCCUUUAUCAGGAAACGAAGGAAGAACUCGAGAUCGUCACCAGACCCCCUAAACAGCGUGAAGGAGCCGAAUCCGCAGGUAUACUCUCAUGGUUGGGUGGUGGCGCGCACGAUGAGAAGCCUCCGGAGGAGCAGAAGCUGCGGGCGAGACUGGAACUGUUGCAGCAGAGACUGCAGAAGGCUCUGGCGGAGAACGAAGCCCUGAGCAGCAAACUGGCGCAGAUGCGGUCUCCACGUGGCGAUAGCGCGGCUGGGGGCGAGGCCACAACUGAGCAAUCUCAGGGAAGACCCUCUCAGCAUCUGUCUCCUCAUACUGUAUCGAAAGGAGCAGGAUCUGAAGCGUUGAGUGCAAAGGACCCCUCUGCAACGCACCCGGGCCCUGUCCGGGGAGAAGACUCGGAGGCAGAGCGCAAGUCUCUUACGGAGCUCCAGCAGCAAGUCAAACAAAAAGAUGCUCAAAUAGAAAAAUACAAGGCCGAGAUCCUCAAGCUCAAGGCAAGUGCCGUCCCUGUGUCUGGCGAAAGCUCUGUAGCAGCGGAGUUGGCGAAAAAGGAACAAGAGCUUCAGGCCAAAACUGCAGAGCUAGAGAAGGUUACGAAAGAUGCAUCGGAUAAGGAGGCCCUAAUAAGGGAAAAGACUGAGGAAGUCAAGACCUUAAAAGCCAGGUUAGAAGCGCUAGAGAAGGAAAAGCGGCAAGCUCUCGACGACAACAGCGCCUUGAAGAAAGAGCUCGAGACAUUGCAGAAGGAGCUGGAGGGCGGCAAGCUCUCGACGACAACAGCGCCUUGA